AUGGCUACAAUCUGGGUACUUUUUGUCCUAGGCCUCACUUGUUCAUGGACGCACGCCGUACCGCUGGUGGAAAAUUGGUACCUCCCAACACGUUGCAAUGAUGGGUCUCAAUCUAGUGUAUGUCAAAACUAUGAACGCUGUAAAGCGACUCACCGCUGUAAUCGAGGAGACGAAGACUACGACGUUGAAGCUGCAACUCUUAAGAGUUACACAAGAGAAUUUAAAGAAGGAGAGCGGGAGCCUAUUGCACUUCUAAACGACUUUGAAGACUGGAAGUCAGGAACACAUCACUGGAAAUUUCAGCACCGAGGUAGCGUUACCAAUGACAGCAUCUUGGAGCCAGAUACUUGGAUCGGGUGGGACACAUUCACUUUUCCUGUCAUCGGAUCGCUGGAACUCGCCUCGGGGGAGUUAUUGUUCGACACGGAUGAAGUGACUUUGCGUGGCGAUAUCCAGCUGGAUGGCAUUUUGACAACGACGCGACUUGGUGGAACUUCCGUCGCGGUGUUCAAUUUCAUUACUGUGUAUAUCGGAAACGGAGUCCGUGUCCGCUUUCAAGGGAAUCGAGCAAUUGCCAUUUUGAGUCGAAGUAGCUUUAUCGUGGAUACUGAGUUGCGUUUGCGGCCAGGUACGCUCGGUGGCUUCCCUGGAGGUGGUCUUAUCGGUGCGAGUAACAAUCGAAAUGGGCCAGGAAGCUCCAAUGUUCGUGUAUAUGUAAAGACUCUCUCGACAUGGGGCAAACACGUGGCCGAAGUGCAAGAGAUUGAAACUUCUACAGCUAGCGGGCAACGUAUUCAAGGAUACUUUGUACUCCAGUACCCUAGUAAUACGAGUCUUGGCCUGAUGACGUCGUCGAUAUCGUAUGCUGCAACGGCGCUAGACGUACGGCGUCGAUUGGAAACUGCGUUCCCGGAUAUUGGAGAGAUCAACGUUGAGCGCGACGAUCAGCUUGAGCAAGUGCCUGAGAUUGGUCGACUGUGGCGUGUGACCUUUUUGUCAGCAGUUGGGAAUGUCCCUCAGCUUCAAGCUAAAAGUUUUCUUUCCGGAUUAGAGACAAAAGUAAUCACACGAACGAUUGUAAACGGCAACGAACUCUCGGGAUCGUUCCGCCUGACAUUUCUAGACACUAGCACGCGCUCGCUGGCUCAUGAUGUAUCACCUGCAAACCUUCGAAAGGCAUUAUUAGAAGACUUACCUGUGCUUAUUGAUGCCCGUGUCGCGCGGACAGACGCUAAUGGCCAAUGUCUACAAGGCUCAACAUUUGCAGAUCAAACCGCAAGCUCAUCGAUAAUUGCGCUCGAUUCAAAUGUUGAUGAAAGAGUGUAUCGAGCGUCGGAAUGGCAGGUACCGGAACAAGAACUUGCUGGAAUUGCAGAUAGUACGAAAACAUCUCAAGUGGGACGCUGUCGUGCAGGUCGUGGUAGUGCCGGAGGUUUUGUUUGGAAACUGCAAUUCUGGACACGAGAGGGAAAUCUAGAAGCCACGUCGCCAAGCUCCAGCUCAAUGUUAGAUAUUUUACCUCCCGCUGCUUUGACAGUGAAUGCCUCAAAUAUUCAAGGCUUUCAAGCAACGGCUGAAGUUGUUGAUUCUCAGUGCUUCUCACUCGCUUUCGGUGGGUCUGGGGCUUCAUUUUCUCGCUCCGGCGGUGCUGGCUACACUCCGUUGUUUGGUCCGACGUAUGCAGAUGAAUUAGUGACAGAUCUGCUGGGUGGAAGCGGAGGGGCAGGAGGCGGACUGGAACCAUUCGAUGUGUUUCCUAUCCUCGAGCCAACACAGGGUGGUGCUGGUGCCGGUGCCGUGAUGAUUUCGGCAGUAAAUGAUAUUCUUUUUGGUUCUAAUGCUCUCAUUAUCGCGAACGGAGGGAAUGGUAGUGCAGGCUUUACACCAGGAGGUGGCGGUUCUGGUGGCUCAGUGUUGAUAGUAAGUGGGGCCACGGUGUCGAAUUACGGCGUACUAGAAGCCACGGGCGGUCACGGAGGACUUGGAUUUAAUAUGGACGUCGGUGGGGGUGGAGGAGGCAGUGGGGGUCGAAUUACCAUCUAUGCGCAGAGCUAUUCAUCGUGGGGAGCUGGAAGCCUACUUGUUAGUGGAGGUUUAUCAAUGGAUCAAGGUAGAAAUGGCAAUGAAGGAUCUGUGAACGUCAAAGUUCGCACCAAUUUGACCAUGCAAAUAGAUGGUACUAUAGGAGCUGCUGGAACAGCCAAGUCUCUCCUGGUGCAUGGCAGUGAAGGAUAUGCUAGUCAAUCGUCAUCUUUAUCGUCACAAGAAAAUCAAUUUAUUCAAAACGGACCCCGAUAUGUACUUGACGAAGCCAGUCAACCUACUCGUAUCUCGUACUUUGUUCGAGUCGGUAAUCUCAAACGUGGCGCACUCGACACUAACCGUGGGGCUAUCUUUGUAAUUCAUGCAAGUGAUGCGGCAGACAAUGAAGCCAUGAUCUCCGUCGCACUGAUCGAUGGCAGCUUUGCGCACGAGGCAAACACGUUGGAAUUGCCGCGGCAAUUUUUUCAGGACAAACUACAAACUGAGCGUUGGUACAAACUAGACGUGACACUCGAUUGGCAAUCACACACGUACUCGAUCCGGUUAAAUGACGUUUUAAAGGUUAAUACAGCUGCUUUCCAAGGCGAAAGCGUUGCGGCUUUAAGUCUUAAUAACCUUCAUGCCAUGUCUACCUGGUGGGACGAAAUCUACGUUGGAGUUGACUACUUGCUAGGGUUCACAUGUCCCUGGGUCCAACAAAUUACGGAUGAGACUAAUGAUGGAACGAACGAGGGGGCACUUCUUACGAAGAAGCGUUCUUGGCGUAAGUUAUGGGCUGAGAGUAUCCAGAAGCCAUUUGCUACAUCAUACCAUCCCAUGGUUCGUCAUGAAAGUCAUUUGUCAAGACAAGAAGUGUACAAUCACGAUAAUGGUGGACUUGCUCCAUUUGAUGGCGUGCCACAUCGAGCUUUUUUUAAUGACGUUCAAGAGCAGGAGAGUGAGAAUCCAGAUCAAGGUAGCUACGAGGAGCAACAAGCUAAGAUCGUAGCGGGGAGCGAUGAAGAGGAAGUGAUAUCAUAUGCUGAAAUGCUGACCAUCGAAAAUCUUCCACUUGAUCGAACUAUCGUGGAGCCACUGGAAACUAGUUUCGAGUGGGAGGGGAGUGUGGGUGCAACAAGUGCUGACGACGUGGCUUUUGAACCUGAUGUCUCAAUCUCUCCAAGUGUGUAUUGGUAUUCAGAGGUCUUGAAUAUGAGCACUGGUCGUGGAGCCAUUGGUGCUUGUUCAAGUAUUGACUACAAUGAAUGGCGGAAUGAAGGUCUUAUGCUUCAUUUUGAUAAUCUAACGGACCCUAUCGGAAACCAUCUCAAAGAGGGUGGUGGCCUACUUGGUGAUCGUCCCAAGGUUAUUUUUAAUCGCCUUACCAAGCAAUUUGUAAUGUGGAUGCACGUUGAUAAUGCUUCAGUUUCUAGAGUAAAUACUAUGGGUCUUGCAGGGAUUGCAAGUAGUGAAUAUCCCAAUGGUCCCUUUUCGUUCCACCAUAGUCAAUACCCAGAUGCAGCACCGUUGGAAGCACCAGGAGGAAUGAGUAUCAACGAAACCUAUGACCAGACGCUCGCUACUAUCUCGACAGCCAACACACAAGAUGCAGUAUACCUCAUCCGAACCUACUACAAAACGGUCGAGUACUGGUUACCUCGUCCUGUGAUGGACCCACUCUGGCAAAGUGUGCAAAAGCCAAGCGAGACAAAGCCUGGAGAAACAGUGACUGACUUUGGGAUUAAUUACCAUAGAGCGUUCUACCACACGGGUUACGACGAUCCAACAGAUAUUUAUUUGCAGCGGUGGAGAAUGGAAGACAUACCGUGGCAAGUUAUUUGCUGCUCUCCCACAAAUACUAGUGAUUGCAUCUCUGUCACGGAUGUACCACAACGACCGGAAGAUAUUUGUCCGAAUGGUAUGAAGAAGAAGACCAUUGUAGGUCAAGCGCAGACCCAAUCUCGCAAUGCGACAACACCCGCUCUAGUGACGUCGCGUUAUAAGGAUCCAAAUGAUGGUGACAACAACGCGAUCGCCUCAACAUCUGUACUCUCUUCUACGUCUUGGGGAUUACCAGUGCAAAGCACGAUACCAUGGCGAGACAAUUACUUUGAUGCUCUCAGCACGAACAUCACACUAUUCAUUUUCAGUCGAUUUGCCGCACGCCAUGUUAGUAAGAGCAAUCAAACGAUCGAUUACACAAUUUCUAGAGAAGAAAACGUGUCACAAAACAUUAUUUUAGUAAAUGACUCGGAGGUUUUGGAUGAAUUAUUGGGUUCAUUGGGUGUUCCAAUAAGUUUGGAUUUCAAAAGCAAGUAUUCUUCCUUUGACCUUGCCGAGAUUGACCGAAAUAGUGAUGGGAAGAUCACAUCUUAUGAAAUAGCACAGCUGGAGGAGCAAAGAGCGCUCAACAAGCUCACAGCUGAUCUGGUCAAUGCGCUACUUGCGGACUUUAACAUCAUGAAAUGGAGACAAGUGGAAAUUCUGGAUGCAAACAAUGACAAGGUGAUCAUGUUUCAGGAGUUUGAAAAUUGGCUGGGAGCUGAUCCAAAUUUACUCUUUGACCGCUUUGAUUCUGACAAAAAUGGCUAUCUGGAUGAAGCUGAACUGGCACAAUUGCUCGUGUAUCGUCAAAUACCAAGGUUAGAUACCAUCAUCUUCUUGCUCGAUCCUUCGUUCGACGGUCGCGUAUACUACGAACGAUUUCGGUCGCUCCUUGUUGAAGUUCCUGACUACAUGUUCAAGGUGUAUGACUUAGAUAAUUCUAAUACGCUCUCUCAAACUGAGAUCAGUCUUAUCGUUCACGAUCUUGGUCCAGAUCUGGCGAUUCCAGAAGUGUUUGAAAUUCUUAAAAACAUCACUUCAAAUGCCAUUUCGAAGACUGACUACGCCACUUGGCUCAGUGCCGCGACUAGUCUCGUUGGUGAUAUUCGCAACAAGCUGAAAGUGGACAACGCUAUUCAUGCCACUGGUCCCGACCGCCUGGUGGGACCACUGCACGUCGUAGAGCGACGACGAGCCAAGUAUGUAGCCAUCAGUGCGCUCACUGAAGAUUAUCUUCACACUCGGGGUCUUUUGCGUGAGGUCGAAGGCGAUUUUGAAGGACGAGAGGCACUCAUUAACUUUUUUGCCUUUAGUGAAGGUCUUUUUGGUCUCACUGAUGCUUCGGAUGGAGCUGUUGCCGGUGACGAGAUCAGACCGUUUCGUGAAUUUCUGUCACCGGCAAUGGUGCACGAUCGACCUUCAUACUGGAAUGGUCGACACUGGGAAGAUUUUCAAUCAGCUCCUCCGUUAUUCACGUAUGGCUCGCAGUGCUUCCAUGUCGCUGGCCUGAAUGGAAAUAUAGCAGACGAGGACAUCAGUGGCUGCUUACCGUGCCGCACGACGUCGCCAUACGCUUCAGAUGUAGUCGAUCAAUACCAAACAUUUAAUGGAAGUACUGCGCAUUGUCAGCCACAGGAAGAGCUAGACGCUUAUAUGACAGAAAUUGGCCAAAUAGUGGCCACCCAGCUUCAGUAUCAGCAGUAA